UUCUGGGUAGGGAAUUAUAGCAAAGAUGGCGGCGACCUCAGCAGGACGCGUUUUGACACUUUGCAGACAGUUUCAAAAAGCUUUUAGGAUAUCUACAUCGUUAGCCGCCCAACAGUCUGCUCUCACUUUGACCAAAUCUCAAUCUUAUCCUCAUAGGUAAGAAUCUAAUGCAGAAUAUAACAGUAGUUCGUUAGCUACAGAACCCUAGUAACUAACCUUUCAUAAUCAUGGCACUGAGAGAGAAUGAAAUGGCGACUGGCGAGGAUGCUGCUGAAUGGAUUACCAUUCAUCAUAAUUCAGUACCUGAAUCUGCUGUGUUCACCUCUUUGUUAGGUUAACGUAUCCACUUUUGAGCUCAAAUUGGCACUGUCAUGUGGGCCUUGUUGGUCAGUUUCGGCCUCUGCAUACUACCAUCAGCAGAAGAGGACUUGAGGAGUUUUUCGACAUACCUGAAAAUUGGGGGGAGGCGACAGUGAAGUCAGGUAAGACUUUUUGCCAAUAUAUCGACUGAUCACCAAAGCAAAUUUUUUUAAUAAUUCCCUCAGACUAAGGGACUGGUAAGUAGAUGAGUGUAACAUUGAUUAUUUUAAUGAUUCAUUGUAGGAGCACCAUGGACUGCCAAGCAACUAAGGUCGAAAAGUAAUGAAGAUUUACACAAGCUCUGGCAAGUAGUGAAUGUUGACAUUGAAUGAAGACCACUGACCUCCAGAAUGAAUGUCCAUAAACUAAAUUGAGAUAAUCUUGUUUUCACUGUUAUCACAGGUAUGUGCUCCUGAAAGAGAAGAACAUGUUGCUUACCAUUGAGCAGGAGUCCAAAAGGCAAAGAAUUCAGAUGCCAAGUCCAGAGCGCCUAAAGAAGGUAAAUAUGACAUAGGCCUAUGUCUUCUGACCAGGUUCAUUAAUAUUGAACAUUUAGAGAUAUUCCUAGUAGAGCACAGUCAUUUAGUGACCGUCUACUCCAGUCCACACAAAUGGAGACCACCCUUAUAUCCUCAGAUUGAAAGGUCCAUGAAGAGACUGGACACAGUGGUGAAGGAGAGAGAAGACGCCCUCCGCCUGCUCCAGACAGGCCAGGAGAGAGCAAGACCUGGGGCCUGGAGAAAGGACAUCUUUGGACGGGUCUACUGGUACGGAGCUUCCAUACACAAUACACCACUAUGAUACAUAGACCAAAGUAUCUCCUUCCACAAUAACCAAAUGUUGCUUUUACUUUACUGGCCUUGUUUCCCAUUCAAUUUUCAAGCAUACUGUACAAAAUGUAGCAUGUUAGCAUGGCCUAGAUUGAGUGAAGUGUUGUUGAAUCGUCUUUGGAAAACUAUCGGGGGAGAGGAAUUACCUGCUCGAAGCAAACAAAGGCAGUUUCCCUAAAAUAUUCAGCGUUACUUUACAUGUGUCAAAUGGUAAGAUUGUAUGUCAUUGCUAACUCUGCGAUCAUAAAUGUUUUUCUAGGUACCGGUUUAGAGAGCAUGCCCUUCCCUGGUACAUGAACAAUAGAUACAAACGCAAACGUUUCUACACACCCUUAUUUGUCACCCCCCAUAUGAGGUAAGGAACAUCGUUCAUGCAUUAAUUUAUAACCGUACAAUAUCAGUACCUCCAAGCUGAGAAUCAUGUCACAUCACCUUUACAAAAACAAAUGCAAUCAUCUGUUGUCACAAGUAGUCUUCUUUCUUUUUUCCAGGCUUCGUCUAGAGAAACACCUCCGUGCUAAGACCAGAAUGCAGAACAAAGAGAGAGAAAAACAAGCCGCACUCCAGGAGAAGUUCCCCCAAAUGAAGGCCCAGUCAUCAUGAGACCUUCAUUGACCAAGAAACAUCAUUCUCCCUCCUGCAAUUCACACUGGAGCAUGUGUCUGUAUCUAAAUGAAUUUACCCUGUUUUUUGCAUAAAUAUGUGUCAUCAGCUUUUAUUUAAUGUACUUUUUCAUGUUGGUAAACUGUGGCAUUUGUAUGUCUUCCUCUGUAUCAUGAUGCCUUGACAUUGAUUAUAUGGUUAUUCUUAUUAAAGUGAUAUACAGACACUGUUUGUGGCAUAUUUUAAACCACAGAAUUCCAAAUAUGUCCUUGAACAUAACUAAAAUUGUUCAAGUCGAAAGAUUGCUCCAACAAUAAAUUGUGGG